AUGCAACAGCCAUCCUCACAACAGGUGCAAAUGGCUCUUCCAAAUGGGCCCUCCACGCCUUUGAAUGGUCAGGAAGCUACAAAUCCUAUGAUAACUGGCCCCCCACUUCUGCAUCAGCAACAGCAGAGUUUUCCUCCUCCACCUCUUGCACCUAGUGGCUAUGUAAAUCCAUCAAUCCCUUCUCAAGAUUCAAGUACUGUCCAUCAUCAACCCCCACUUUCGUCACAAAUGCAGUGUAAUGCUCCUCCGAAUGUCAUUGUCGGACGGCAACCCCUCCCUGGACAAGUCUACGAAAGCGUACAGCCUCCCAUCUAUCCGCCUCACCCCGGUCCUAGUUAUGGUUCAAAUCCGGGUGGGGUUUUUCCUCCUCCAAACGCCUCAAUAUUGGGUCCUGUGGUUGGUCCAUCGGGGCUACAACAGUCUUCUGCAUUUGUUAAGGGCCAGUUGGGUCAAUUGCGUGCUCAGAUUAGUGUCUAUAAACUUCUUUCUAAGUCUCAAUCUGUUCCUGAAAAUAUUCUAUCAGUGGCUGAAGGGCGAGGAUCUGCAGUUCCCGUUUUUCAUAAUUUCCCACCGAGAGUUCCCGUACCUGUUUCGGGUCAUUCACAAAUUCUCCAGGAUGCUACUCAACAACACCAGCAAAACCGACCACCGUUACCGGUACGUUGGGGUCAUGGCGGCUACGCAGGUCCUCCUCCAAAUGCUGCUUUUAUGGCUGGUUUACAAGGUUCUCAGAUCGGCCGCAGUCGCAUAGGUUCUAUCCAACGCCCUCAAGGUCUUGAUCCAGUAGAACUGCUAAAGGAACGUGAACAACGCAUCCAGUCUCGUAUUGGUCAAAGAAUUAAACAACUCUCUAGCCUUGGAGUUUUCUCUACGCCACAGCAAAGAAUUAGUCUAGAGGUAGAAUUACGUUCUCUGCGUCUACUUAAUUUUCAACGUCAGUUGAGGCAGGAUAUGGUCGCAUCAAUGCGUCGUGAUACAAGUCUCGAAACUGCCCUCAAUAUUAAAGCCUAUCGUCGACCAAAGAAGCAGAGUCUCCGCGAAGCACGUUAUAACGAGAAACUAGAACGUCAGCUGAAACAUGAACAGGAGAAAAGGCGUCGUCAGAAACACCAAGAAUUCCUUAACGCAGUACUAAGCCAUGGUCGUGAGUUUCGUGAAUACCAUCGAAACUGCAAUGUUCGUAUGUCAAAAAUCAAUAAGGCUAUUCUCACUGCCGAGCGUGACAGACGCCGUGUUCAGCAACGUAUUGAUAGAGAACGUAUGCGUCGUUUGAUGGAGGAAGAUGAUGCAGGCUACCGUACUCUGAUUGAUGAAAAGAAGAACAAGCGCCUGCAUUACCUUCUUACUCAAACGGAUCAGUUUAUUGAUAACUUAGCUAAAUUGGUUAAGGAUCACAAAAAAGAGCAGAACAAAUUGCGAAUUAAGGAUAUUAGAGAGAGAUGCAGACAAGCUCAAGAGCGUUGUCUCUUAAAUGCAGUAAAUAAAUAUCAUGCAAUCGCCAAGAAUCUUAUUCUCGAAGGUGUGGCUCCUCCGGUCUGGAUGAAUACUCUUCCUCCUCCUGGUAUUUUCCCCGAUGAUUUAGUGCAGGCGAGUCGAGACUUGGCUGCUGGAAAAGCACCAAUGUUGAACACAAUUCCUUGGCCGGAUAUCAGGCUGCCAGUUUGUAAUUCCAGUACGAAGGAGUUUUUGGAAGGCGAAUCUGCGCCUUUUGCAAAUGAUGCUCAUAAUUGGUUACAAGAGCAUGUUGGCUGGGAGAUUGCGCCAACAGACGAGAAUGGAGUAGUGUUGGUUGAUCUCAUUGAAGAGGAUGAAGACGCCUCUUCGAAGAAAAAGAGUUCUGGCGCUGCAGAAGACGAGGACGAUGCGGUUAUUGACACAGUUCGGGGUAAUGAGGAUGAUGAAUACAAAUCGGGCGGUAGCCAAUCCUAUUACGCUCUAGCGCACGCCAUUCGCGAACAGGUGAAGGAACAAGCCUCUAUUCUAGUCAAUGGCAAACUCAAGGAAUAUCAGAUGCGUGGUCUCGAAUGGCUGGUCUCACUCUACAACAAUAACCUCAAUGGUAUUCUUGCUGAUGAGAUGGGCUUGGGUAAAACAAUACAGACUAUCGGUCUCAUUACUUAUCUCAUGGAGAAAAAACGAGUCAACGGACCUUACCUCAUUAUCGUUCCUCUUUCGGUCAUGGCUAACUGGGCAAUGGAGUUUGAAAAGUGGGCUCCGAGUGUGAAGAAAAUUCUUUACAAAGGUUCUCCACAAUGUCGUCGUGCGUUACAGAAUCAAAUUAAAGCGGCAAAAUUCAACGUCCUUCUUACUACUUAUGAAUACAUUAUCAAGGACAAAUCUGCACUUUCGAAAGUCAACUGGCGAUAUAUGAUUAUUGAUGAGGGUCACCGUAUGAAAAACCAUCACUGCAAAUUAACUCAAAUCCUCAACCAUCACUACAAUGCGCCCUACAGACUUCUUCUAACUGGCACACCCCUUCAAAAUAAGCUUCCGGAGUUAUGGGCUCUACUCAAUUUCUUGUUACCAAAGAUCUUCGACAGUUGUAACACUUUUGAGCAGUGGUUUAAUGCACCAUUUGCUGCUACUGGUGAGAAGGUGGAAUUAAAUCAUGAAGAAACUCUCCUCAUUAUUCGUAGAUUACACAAAGUGCUUCGUCCUUUCCUUCUGCGUCGUUUAAAGAAGGAAGUGGAAUCACAACUACCAGAAAAAGUUGAAUAUGUUAUUCGUUGUGAGAUGUCUGCUUUACAACGUGUUUUAUACUCAUAUAUGCAGUCGAAAGGUGUUAUUCUUACUGACGGAUCAGAGCGAGAUAAAAAGGGUAAGGGAGGUACUCGCACACUGAUGAAUACCAUUAUGCAACUGCGUAAAAUUUGCAACCAUCCAUUCAUGUUCAGUCACAUUGAAGCAGCAAUCGCAGAGUUUCAAAAUCCCCCACCUCCUGGUCAACCACCACCGACGCAAGUGGAGGGCAAGCUACUUUUCCGAUCUUCGGGAAAGUUUGAGUUGCUUGAUCGUAUUCUGCCAAAAUUAAGAGCUACUGGACAUCGUGUGCUUAUAUUUUGUCAAAUGACCAGUCUAAUGACUAUAAUGCAGGACUAUUUUGACUACAGAGGUUUUCGAUAUCUUCGUUUGGAUGGUGCCACAAGGGCGGAUGAUCGUGGCGAAAUGUUAAAGGAAUUCAACGAUGAAUCACAGGAAUACUUUAUCUUUUUGCUUUCCACUCGAGCUGGUGGUUUGGGAUUGAAUCUGCAGACAGCUGAUACAGUUAUUAUAUUUGACUCUGAUUGGAAUCCACAUCAAGAUCUUCAAGCCCAAGAUCGAGCACAUCGUAUUGGUCAGCAGAAUGAAGUGCGUGUGCUGCGUCUCAUAACAAUUAAUUCUGUGGAGGAGAAAAUACUGGCAGCAGCGCGCUAUAAGCUAAACGUUGAUGAGAAAGUCAUUCAAGCUGGUAUGUUUGACAAUAAGUCCACGGGGUCUGAGCGUCGACAGUUUUUGCAGAACCUUCUCGAAGCCGACGAAGAGGCAGAUGAGGAUGAGAAUGAGGCGCCGGAUGAUGAGACUGUGAACCAGAUGCUUGCUCGCUCUGAAAAGGAGUUUGACAUCUAUCAACGUAUGGAUGUCGAGCGUCAGGUUGCCGAACGUCAACUGUCAAAACCUGAACCUCGUCUGAUGGAGUAUACUGAACUUCCUGAUUGGAUUGUGCGCGAUGAGGAAGAAGUGGAAAGGUCUCUCAAUAUGGAUGAAACUGCUCUUACUUCUAUGAGACGUCAGCGUAAGGAAGUAGACUACUCAGAAGUUCUGACUGAGAGAGAGUUCCUCAAGGCAAUCGACGAAGGAGAUGAUUUAGAGGAGGCAGAAGAAAAAUCUCGCUUGCGCAGGGCGAAACGAAAGAGGAGGCGUAACGAGCCUGAUUAUAGUGGUAUGGAUGAUGUGAGUUCCGAUGCUGGUAGUAGUGUAAAGGCGGCACCAGUUGUUAAACGUCGUCGUGGACGUCCACCACAGUCUAACUCUGGUGCAGGCUCGACCGCCAACACUCGACGAUCUAUUUCCCCAAAACUGCAGGAACGCAUGAAGCGGCUUCUGCAGAUAGUCGUUGACUAUAAAGAUAAAGACCAGCGUGUUCUAAGUGAACCCUUCAUGAAGUUACCAACUAAGAAGGAAUUGCCAGAUUACUAUGAAGUGAUCAAGCGCCCAGUUGAUUUCCACCGUAUCAAAGCACGUGUGAAGGAUGGUAAAUAUCGCAGUAUGGAUGAGCUUGAAGCGGAUAUCAUUCUUCUUUGCAAGAAUGCUCAAACAUACAACAUUGAUGGUAGUCUUAUUUUUGAGGAUUCUGUGGUAUUACAAACAGUGUGGACAAAUGCAAGGCAGCAGUUAGAGACUAUGGAAGGGAUUACGCCAAGUGAAGGCGGUGCAUCAAUUUACCCAGAAGAUGAAACUUCGAGUUCCCGCAAGAUGCCUUCCACUUCGCGUCAUAACAAUCAGUCAACGGCUGAUGAGAGCAUGGACUGCGACAACACAAUGGACGAAACGACGGGUAACACCACCGCUGGAGAUGCUAAUGCUGGUGGAGGUAAUGAAGCCUCUCUCAUGGGAGACACAAUUGAUGACGAUGGUAAGAAUCAUUCACUUAUUUACAAUGGUAGUGUGCGCUAA